AUGAUCGCCCGCGCAGUUCCCGUAUCUCUACUGGCGUCGCAAUUGAAAUCAAGAGGCACGAACGGCACGCUCGUGGAACGCAUGUUCGGGCUGGACGGCACGUCUGAAAUCUCCGGCGUGACAAUUCUCCUCCCGCAGCCCGUGUAUGCCUUCAUGUCGGCAGCUGUUUCCUACCCUAUGUACGACAACUCGACGCGAAAGUUCAGCAAGGCGAUAUUCGACGCCCUCUUUACCAUGACUCUCGCGGAACGUUCCAGCACGGAGUGGCCUAUGGCGGAGAUAGAUCCGGCUGUUGAGAAAGCGAUGAUUGAUAUCUGGAAAUUCCAGGUCAUCACGCAAUAUAUCCCGCCCAGCGUUGCGACGGCCAAGUACGUAUCCGGAGGGCCAUGGGAGCUACCGACCAUGCAAGGACAGCCCCUUUGGAUGUCGUACAUUUCUACUACUCCUGUGGGCACGUCGUACUACUACUCUAAUUCUGGAAUCUGGAACAUCUCGGGCAUGUCUCCUCAGCAGCAGGCAGCCAGCCCACCACCGCCCAGAGACCCCCUCAGGCCCGGCUACCAUAUGAUUGAUGGGAGCCCGUUGGCGUUCACCGUGACGGACGAAGACGCUGGGAACCUCCUGGUGGAUAUUCCUGAAAGCGAGGUCGCGGUGUAUUUGAGCGCGAGGGUUCUUUUCCCUUAUAAUAUGGAUGCUAUCGGCGCGUAUCAUGCAGGGAAAACCACUGCUGUCAUUCCUCACAUGCUUGCCUCUGUUGGCCUUGCUCUCUUUGCCCUCUUGCUGGUGUAA